AUAUGGUCUAAAAGUAUUAAAGUUAUUUGUAUUAUUAUUUGUAUUUCAAGUUAGUUGAACAUAUUUCUAAAUUCGUUUAGAUAAUAGUCUUAGUCAAAACAUAAAUCCUCAUCAUAACCAUCAGCCUCCUUCGACCGACGAAAAUGUUGAGCUACGCGAGCAUCCAUUUAACGUACACGCUUCCCGCUAUCGGCGUGUUAACGCUAAUAACACUGCCGUUCAUCAAUCGCUGGGAAACGUCUAAGAUCGCAUUCAUAUGCGCCGUAGCACUCGUCUACACGACGCCGUGUUACAACUACAAUAUCCUCAACGGGGCCAGGACGUAUUCGCCAGGACGAGUUUUGGCGUUCGCGGGCAACGUACCCGUCGAGGAGUACGUGUCGGUCGUCCUGCACACCGUGCUCACUUCGCUGUGGGCCGUGCUGUGUCUCCGGUGGAAGCUUCCGUUUUUGAAUUUCAACCACGACAAACGGACUUAUCAGUCGAUCCGAUGGGUGCCGAUCCUGUUGCUAAGCGUCACCGCUGCCACAGGUUACGCGAUGGCCGUCCCGGGACGGCAAACUUUUUAUUUGGGAAACAUUUUGUGUUGGGCGUCCCCAAUGGUAAUGCUCAUGUGGUACGGUGCUGGCAACUAUUUCGUGAAGAACAUAAGACUGUCGUCCGUGGCAAUCGCGAUCCCGGCGGCAUACCUGUUGUGGGUCAACCGGAUAGCCCUGAAGGAGGACGUCUGGCAUACGAACAAGACGACAAGUUUGAACGUGACCGUGGCCGGGGGUUUACCACUGGAAGAAGCGCUGUUUACGUUUGUAACCACAUCGAUGGUCGUGUUGGCUGGCACUUGUUACGACAAAGCUUACGGCAUGAUCGUAACGUUUUCGUUGAUAUACCCGCAUCAGUUUAGUAUAAGUUGGAAAUUCAUUAGUCAGAUGUUUAGGGCAUUUGCGACAUCGGAAUAUUCAAUGCCCUCUAUCGUCACUGACGAUUUAAAAAAAUGUAUCAGAGUAUUGGAUUCUUCAAAUAUAUUCGGCACUUCCAUUUACUUGUUCCAUAUCGGAACCCGAUUGGAUCUUAUAAUAAUUUACGCUCUUGGUCGUAUUACGGAUAACGUGGUUGACGACACAUCGGUGUCAAACGCUGAAAAAUCAAAACUAAAAUUAAAUCUGUAUUACAAAUUCGUCGAAGAACAAUUUGCUGACAGAAAAUCAGAUUACGAUGUUAAAUCAAAACCGUACGAAGUAGACAUCGAUUGGACUCAAUACGAAUCGGUGCUGUCUGACGCCGAAUUAGCUAGUUUUCGAGCAUUGUCUAGAAUUGCAUUUUUUUUGCCUCGUAAGCCAUUUGAAGAGCUUCUUGCAGGUUUCGAGCUGGACAUGGGGGGUACUUUAUAUCGGGACGAAAACGAUUUACUAAGAUAUUGCAAUAACGUGGCUGGGAGUUUUGGUGCGGUGUGUGUCUACGUCAUCAUGUACAGAUACAACAUUGACAAAUACAAAUUUCUUGAAAAGGACGACUUUUUGAUUAAAAAAACGUAUCAAAUAGGAAAUGGCUUACAAUUCGUAAAUAUUGCCCGGGAUCUCAUCAACGACAGUGAGAAGUUGGGUCGUUGCUAUUUUCCAACUGCAUAUAUGGACGACGAAGUAGAAGAAGUGAGGAUAUUGUGCAAGGAAAAGAAUCCAAAGUCACUAGGAAAUAAAAAGUUGCUAAGAUACGCUAAUGCAAUGAUAAAGAUAGCUGACAAGCACCAAUUUGAAGCUGUGGAUGGUAUUAAAUGUUUGCCGCUAGAAAUUAGAGGUUUAAUUCUAACAUCUAUUGAAAUUUAUCGAGGCCUUAUAUAUCUCAUCCAGUCAAGUCCAUCAUUUCCAAACAAAGCAAAAUUAUCAAAAUUGGAUAAAUGCAUGAUAAUACUCAAAGGACUUUACAUCAAAAGCAUUCAAUACGUGUUAUAAGUUGAUUUUUAAAUAUGAAUAUCAUCAUUAUAAUUUAUAUUAUGUCCAUGGAGCUAUUAAUACAGGAGUAUUAUGGUUUUCAGUGAAUUAUAGAAACAUUUUAUUCGUUUAGAAAUCUUGAAGAGUUAAGAUGAGUUUUUUAAAUUUAAUAUUCAUUUUUAUUCAUAAAUUCAUAAUUAAUGAUUUCAACUGUUUAUUUUAGCUUUUAUGUGUCACAAAAUCAAUUUUUAAGUACUUAAACAUUUUUUUUAAAACCACGAUGUAUAAGGUUCAGUCCUAACGUUCACUGAUGUAUUCACGCGGUUCCGUUUUGUCCGAAUUUUCUAACAAUAAGCUUUUAAUGUCAAAAUGGCAAAAUUGUGUGAUAAUAUUUAUAAGUAUCUACAUAAUAAGCACUCAGUAUGUUGCAUAACUACUUUAGUUAUAAUGGCUUGUAAUGUGAUUAUAGUGAGAAUAAUGACCAAAGAAUGAUUAGAUGUAUUGUAUAAUGUUAAUAGCUACGGUCUCAUAACAAAUUCUAUUUUGAUCUUUCUGUCUUUGUUAGAUUUAGAAUUAUUACUUUGCAUUCUUCAUUGAUCCAAUUCAAUUAUUUUACCUUUAUUUUUUCACUCUAUUUAUUUAUUUAGUAAGUUUAUAGAACGUUGCUCAAUGUUACUAAAUAUUGUUAUAAGUACCUACCUAAUUAAAGUCAUUUAUUUAGUUAACACUUGGCACUCAAAAAGUACCUAUCUAUUAAGUGCAAUAAACAUCAAUUUGACUUUCAAUAAAUUAUGAUUAAGGUGAAAUAUUUAGGUCAGGUAGUAAUUUUCGUGCCCUAUACAUAUAUGCCUAACACAACACCUAUCUAUACGUGUUUUUAUCGUUUAGUUACUUAAUUAUUUUAACAUAUUUAUGUCUUAGUUUUUGAUUUGUCGAUUUUUUGAUCAGUCAACAUUUUGAUCUGACUAUAUUUAUUACCUGUCAUGUUCAAUCAUAAGAAAUAUAUAGAUAUAAUGAAAUACUAUUUUAGUAUUAUACUAUUAUGAGAUUAAUAUAA